AAAAUAUGUCACUUGAAAUACACGGCAUGUACAUUGUGUUUUUAGAAUCUGCGGCAGCCAUUGCAGUCAACAAGGAAAAUAGCAGUGAAGCCACUGACGUGAUAUUUCCGUCGUUUUUUAAUCAAAACAUUCAAAAAUCUUCAAAGUGUCCGAUCAUUUCGAUUCACAAUAUUGGCCCGUUUUGUUAAAAAUUUAACGUCAUGGUGGAUUCCACAGUCAGCAACAGCGGUGACAUAAUCGAAUCAUUCCAAGUCGACCAGGAUCACGAUCCAACAAAGCUAAACAUUCACUACUUAACGGAAAUAUUUGAACGCGAUGAAUUGUGGCCCCACUACCAUAUCGUGCAGCCGGUCGAUAUCAGUCAAUCAAACAAGACCUCCAGCGGUGUGUGGAAAUAUUUCGGCAAGCUAGAGCACGCUAAUCAAAUCGUUGAUGAGGGAUACUUCUACUGCAUAAACUGUUACUCCAAUCGGGUGACCAAAAAAUACCAAACCAACACAUCCACCGGCAAUCUUAUCAAACAUAUGUUUCGAGCUCACAAGGUACUACUGGAGCAACCGAUGUAUCGAAUUAAGCGGAACAGUGAUUCGUAUACGAUUGUGAAGGAGGAAUCGAAGUCGUACCCUGCUGACCAGCCAAACGACGAUUUGAUUUACGACAUAAAUCAGUUUCUAAUUGAUGAAGUGUACAAGCGACCAGAACUGUUCGAUCCCAAGCGGUGCCACAAACAUAAGCACCGAAUCCGACAGAAACUGUGGGUAGAGGUGUACGAAACGAUGAACGGUCUUAUUCCACUCGAACGUUUGCCAAAAAUAUGGAAAAAUAUCCGCGAUCGCUAUCAGAAGGUGCGACGUUCCUGCGAAAAGGACGAAAAUAAAGUACCAAAAUAUCGCUACUACGAAAAGUUGAGAUUUUUGGACCCGAUCAUUGAUGCGUCGACCAGCAAGACAGGACAGUCUACAUUGAUCAAAGAUGAAGAUGAUUCUCAGUUAAAGGAUAGCUACUACGAGGAUGAGAAAAGUCAAGACGAGAUGUUCGAAGUGUUAGAACUUGAUAUGGAUGAUAUUGAAAAUGUAGAAGUGUGCCAUGAAGACAUCGACGAAACAGCUGAAGAAAAUGUCCUCGAUGUCAAAUCUGAAGGAACUGAAAGAAGGCUAACUUAUUCGUCUGAGCUAAACGACAGCAAUGAGAUGUGCCACUACGAGCUGCAAAACGAUUCCGAAGUCGACGAACAGGAACUGUUUACCAUUGAUAAUACAGAGACUGAUGACAUCGAACCGUCUAGUGCCAAGCGUAUGAGAAUCGAUAUACCACUAAACUACGAACCGAUUGCGUCCAGUAUAUCAUCGAAACCGGAAGCAACCGAUAAAUCGCCCGCAAUAUGCGAAUUUGACAUUUUCGGCAACUAUGUGGGGGCUGUGAUGAAAAAUAUGAGAAAAACCGAUGCGCGUCAGCUGCAAAUGAAAAUUGUGCAGUUGAUCAAUUCGUACAAUGACGACGAUUCGGGGUGAGAUGGGCGGAAAAUUGUUUCACAAAAGUUGAUGUCUAUAAAAACUGUUAAUUUUGCAAUAAAAACUAGAAUUUACUUAUAGCUCUCACUCUUCUU